GUAUUCACAGCAAUCUGCUUACCAUCCGAAUCACUCCCAGAUGUCUAUGUUAGACAAGUUCCGCAAGGGCGCAACCAAGGCCGGCAUCCAGGCGUCCGCCUUCCUCAAGGAGGGCUCGAACAAGCUCGCGAACGAAUCCCAGCACUUCGUCCAGGGAUUCACCCUCCCCGGCGAGGCUGAGAAAGCGGCCAAGAUCCUUGAAAGCUUCCUCGCCGACCCAGAGCAUCCCGAGUCCGCCCUCAACUCCAUCCCCAAAGUCGUCCUCCAGCGCGCACGCGGCCUCGCGAUCUUCUCCGUCAUCAAGGCCGGCUUCGUCUUCUCCGGCAAGGCAGGCUCGGGCAUCGUCAUCGCGCGCCUGCCCGACGGCUCGUGGUCCGCGCCCUCGUGCAUCGCGACGGGCGGCGUCGGCUGGGGGCUCCAGAUCGGCGCGGACAUCACCGACUUCGUGAUCGUGCUCAACAGCGAGGAGGCCGUGCGCGCGUUCGCGCUCGGCGGGAACGUCACCAUCGGCGGGAACAUCUCCGCCGCCGCGGGCCCCAUCGGCACGGGGGGCGCGGUGCAGGCGACGCUGGCGCACCCCGCGCCCAUGUUCUCGUACUCGAAGUCGAAGGGUCUCUUCGCUGGGCUCUCGCUCGAGGGCACGGUCCUCAUCGAGCGCAAGGACGCGAACAAGGACUUCUACGGCUCUGCCGUUCCUGCCCGUGACAUACUCGGCGGGCGCGUGCCCCCACCCGAGGUCGCCUCGCGGCUCUAUGAGGUCAUCGAGGCCGCGGAGGGCGUCGACGAGAGUGGGCUUCCGGAGAAUGCGUAUGUGCCCACCGCAGAGGGCGACCAUAUGGACAUCCGGCACGGCGGCAUGGUUUUCGAUGCCGAGGGACACUAGAUGGCUCUGGAGACGCGAGGAACAUGUCGUCGGCUGCGUCGGACCACGAUGUCUAUGAACGGGGGACUGGGUGGAUGUCAUCAGGAGGGGGGCAGGAUUGGUGUGACGCCGCAAUGGUGAUGCCUGAAUGACUUCUACGACUCUAAUGUAGUUCUAUGCCCGUAUUCUGCUGUGAACCACCACUGAGGUUUUCGAAUCUCACCUACUUGUCCCUUCGUGCUAUGUACGAUAUUUUUUUCCCUAUGAAACGAACAUACUCUGAUGGCCC